AUGACCAUGCCGCCGUCGCAGUGUCAGACUGCCAAGAAUGCAAAGCUCCCCCCCGAGAACGAACGAUACCUGAGAGCCUGUUCGGAUAUUGCAAAUGCUCUCAUCCAGGAAUAUGAAGCGGCCAGGGACCCUUCAAAACCCAAGAAGGAUAUUAAUCUCAACAGGCUGCGGGGUCAGAUCUCGAAGAAGCACCGCUUGAGCAGUCAACCGCCACUGACGGCCAUCAUCGCGGCUGUUCCUGAACACUACAAGAAAUAUAUCCUUCCUAAAUUGAUUGCGAAGCCCAUCAGAACGUCGUCGGGUAUCGCCGUUGUUGCCGUCAUGUGUAAACCACACCGCUGUCCCCAUAUCGCCUACACUGGUAACAUUUGUGUCUACUGUCCUGGUGGCCCCGAUUCGGAUUUCGAGUAUUCGACCCAGUCUUACACGGGAUACGAGCCGACGUCAAUGCGCGCGAUCCGAGCUCGCUAUGAUCCAUUCGAGCAGGCUCGAGGACGGGUGGAUCAGAUCAAGUCUCUGGGUCACAGUGUGGACAAGGUCGAAUAUAUCAUCAUGGGUGGGACAUUCAUGUCGCUUCCAGAGGACUACCGUGAGUCGUUCAUUGCGCAACUGCAUAAUGCUUUGAGCGGGUAUCAGACAGACAACGUCGAUGAAGCCGUCCAAGCCGGCGAGAUGAGCAAUGUGAAGUGUGUUGGUAUCACCAUCGAAACCAGACCGGAUUACUGUCUGGACACCCACCUGAGUAGCAUGCUCCGCUACGGCUGUACCAGACUGGAGGUCGGCGUACAGAGCUUAUAUGAAGACGUCGCGAGGGACACCAACAGAGGGCAUACAGUUGCCGCGGUGGCAGAAACGUUCAAGCUUUCCAAAGAUGCCGGGUUCAAGGUUGUCAGCCAUAUGAUGCCCGACCUCCCCAACGUUGGGAUGGAACGCGACUUGUUCCAGUUCCAGGAAUACUUCGAGAAUCCUGAUUUCCGGACGGACGGCCUCAAGAUAUACCCCACGCUCGUCAUCCGCGGUACCGGCCUCUACGAACUGUGGCGGACGGGCCGUUACAAGAACUACACGCCAAACGCAUUGAUAGACCUUGUCGCCCGUAUCCUCGCCCUCGUGCCACCAUGGACCCGUAUCUACCGUGUUCAACGCGAUAUUCCCAUGCCCCUCGUUACCUCUGGCGUUGAGAAUGGCAACCUCCGUGAACUUGCUAUAGCCCGGAUGAAGGACUUUGGCACCACGUGCCGCGACGUCCGCACCCGCGAGGUCGGCAUCAACGAAGUCAAGAACAAGAUUCGCCCUUCCCAGAUAGAACUGGUGCGACGCGACUAUACCGCCAACGGCGGCUGGGAAACCUUCCUCGCCUACGAGGAUCCCAAACAGGAUAUUCUCAUCGGACUCCUCCGCCUGCGAAAGUGCAGUCCCACGCAUACCUUCCGUCCAGAAUUCACGGGUCAACAGACCAGCAUCGUGCGAGAACUGCAUGUCUACGGCUCUGCAGUCCCUCUCCAUGGUCGUGACUCGCGCAAGUUCCAGCAUCGUGGUUUCGGCACGUUGCUUAUGGAAGAGGCUGAGCGGAUUGCCAGGGAGGAACACGGAAGUCGGAAGAUCAGUGUUAUUUCCGGUGUAGGCGUUCGGAGUUACUAUGCCCGUCUCGGUUAUACGUUGGAUGGGCCAUACAUGUCCAAAAUGCUGGAUCCUAUCAAUGAUGAUGAUGAUUCUUUUUGA